UCUUAACGCGCACGGUCCGGUAAAACGUUGGCUCCGAUAAUAUUCGAAACAUAUUCGAUUCGAGAACAAAAGCACCAAGAGCAACGGCAUCAAGAUAAGGCCAUCGAAGCUGGCGACAUGGGCAAAACACUUGAGAUCACAGCACCCCCUGGCAAAGGGGCCCAACAACAAGCCGAAGGAGCAACAAAGAAGCAACAAGCAGAGGAUCCGGAAAGCAAUCAGGUGAAGAGACGACAUGCCACCAGCAAUCUGGAAGCAGCCACACAUCUCUUCAAGGGCAGCGUGGGGGCCGGCCUCUUCGCCAUGGGCGAUUGCUACAAGAACGGGGGCCUGGUGGGGGCCACUCUGCUCCUGCCCGUGAUUGCUGUGAUGUGUGUGCAUUGCGAGCGUAUGCUUAUACGGGGCUCCAUGCUGGCCGUGGAAAGGACCCCGGGAGCAACAUUCUACGACUAUCCCGAAACAGUGGAGAAGUGCUUUGAAUAUGGACCUAGACCCCUGAGACGAAUGUCCAGAGCAAUGAAGCUGAUUGUCGAGAUGUUUCUGUGUGUUACCCAAUUUGGAUUCUGUGCCAUAUAUUUUGUGUUCAUCACAGAGAAUCUAUAUCAGGUGCUAAAACAAAAUGGCAUUGAAAUCAGCAUGUCCAUGACCAUGUUGAUCACUCUUCUGCCCGCCAUGAUUCCAUCGCUCAUGACCAACCUAAAGUAUAUUUCGCCCGUCUCUCUGUUGGCCAAUGUGGCACUAUUGUUCGGGUUAAUCGCCACACUGACGAUUGCAUUCACGAAUGGGCCAAUGCCCCCGAUAAGUGAACGUCAUCUAUUUACUGGCGGCUCCCAAUUGUCGCUAUUCUUUGGCACUGCUUUAUUCUCGUAUGAAGGAAUAGCCCUGAUAUUGCCCUUGAGGAAUUCCAUGAAGGAACCUGAACAAUUCAGCAAGCGGUUCGGUGUAUUGAAUGUCACAAUGUUUUGCAUUACGGCUUUGUUCAUUUUUACGGGUUUUGUUAGCUACACAAGAUGGGGAGAGGAAGUCCAAGGCAGCAUUACACUGAAUCUGGUUGUCGAGGAUGUGUUUUCACAAGUGGUCAAAAUCGUAGCCGCUAUGGGUGUCUUCUUUGGCUAUCCCAUACAGUUCUUUGUGAUGAUGAAGAUUCUGUGGCCACCGCUAAAGCGAUCCAAUAGUUGUGCCCAGAAAUAUCCGAUUACUAUGCAAGUGUGUCUACGGUUCAUAAUGGUUAUGAUGACAUUCUGCGUGGCUUUGGUGGUGCCUCAGCUCAAUCUUUUCAUCUCCCUUAUCGGCGCACUCUGUUCCACAUGCUUGGCUUUUGUCAUCCCCGUACUGAUCGAUUUUGUGACUCGUGCCCAAGUCCCCAAGGGUCUGGGCCAUUGGACAUAUUUGAAAAAUAUUGUGAUUCUAGCUGUGGCUGUAUUGGGUAUCGUGGCGGGCACAUAUCAAAGCAUUGUGGACAUCGUCAAGGAGUUUAAUUAAGUUAAUUCAAUGGAUCAAACUUUCUGUCUAUGUCUUUUUGUCGUAUUAAGGCUUGCCAAGUAUUUGUUUCUUUGUAAAUAAUGAUGUAAUCUUAAAACGUCUAUGUAUACUUAUAAUUAAGAUUAAUUUCUACAUAAAUGUACUUGUUUUUUUUUUUUUUUGUUUUUUGCACCGUUUUGUAACUAGUAAUUUUAAGAUUUGUCAUUGUACAAAAAACAAAACAACAAAAUUUCUAUCGAUAAAACAAAAACGAAAAGCGUAAACAAGAAAUUUUAAAUAAAUGAUUAAUAAUAAGCCAAUUUUUUCCUACUUUA